AUGCAAGCCUAGGAAACUGAGAAGAUGAAGAAAACCAGGAAACCGCAACAGCAAGACUUAAUUAGUAAUGGGUCUGAUACCAUCUACAUGGGAGAUGUCGUUGAUGUAACCCAGAAGUAGAUAGAAAAUGAGCAGAUAUCAAGAGCCCAACAAUACCAGCAGUUAUUGAAGGAUCAACAGGAGAAAUUAGAGAAGGAAAGACUUGAAAGGGAGAGGAUAGACAGAGAGCGGUAAGAGAGAAUGGAUAAGGAGAGAUAGGAACGAUUGGAGAAGGAGAAAUAAGAUAGAUUGGAGAGGUAAGAGAGACUUGAAAGAGAGAAAAUGUAGAAAUUGGAGAAGGAGAGAUAAUUAAAAGAACAAUAGGAAUAGGAAAGGUUAAAGUAAUUAGAAUAAUAAGAAUACAAACAUACUCAAUAACAGCAAUAAUAAUAGGUCUUGAAGAUUCAGUCUAAUCAUGUUGAACUCUACAUUCAAGACAUUGAUGACAAAUAAUUUUAGGAAGAGAGGAAGAAUUCAUUUUCUAUAGAAUAAGGACCGAAAUUCAAACUUGAAAUUAAACACUCUAAACCAUAAAAUACUUAUAAGUCAAAUGUGCAGAUCAGACCGUUGUCAGCAUAAGCAAGGGGAUCAUCAAUUGCUAAUAUUUCCUGCAGGGCUAAAUUAAUUCCUGUUCAGUAAAAUUAAUCUGUCAAAGAUGUCAAAAAAUUCACUAUCUUAGAUUUGAAUCCCAAUUCUACUUAACCAUCUAUGCAUUAGGAUAUACCUUUAUAGCAGGAACCUUACAUCAAGUAUCCAAAUACUAAUGGGGGUUAAAAUACUGUAAUUAACAAUGUUAAUAAUAUUGUUAAUAAUCAACCUAAUAAAACUAAAGAAAAUAUUCGUAUCAAAAGUGCGCUUAUUUAAUAAUACUCAAAUAAAAGAUAACAACAAGAUCAACAAUCAAAUUAAAUCGUGAAACAUUAUACAUUAAAGGAUUUAGUAGAAUCGUGA